GCCUGCUCCGGGCCGGGAGGCUGGGUCCUGGGGUGACCGAGACCGUCCUUUCCCCGGUGCAGAGGCGGCAACCCUUGAGGCCUUGGCGGACGGACAAGCCGGCAGGCCUGGGAGGCUCAGGCCCUGGAGUUCAGUUGAGUUGAUGCCGGACGGGGCCCCCCAGAAAUGGAGGAGAAGCCCGUGACCCUCCGGCCCGCGCCCCUGGCUUACAGCCGGGGAAAGUGAGGCCCAGGGCAAGGCAGCGUAGGGCCCGAGUCUGCGCUGCGUGUCCUCGGGCGCACACCCCUUCCCCUCUCGGAGCCUCAGUUCCCCUGUCAGGAAAUAAAGCAGGGCCUGAUUUUCAAGUACUUCCGGCAGGAACAGAGGGGCUAAGCUUAGGGGCUGGGGCGCUCUCCUUCCUUGACCGCGCCUCCGCCCCUCUCCAGACCUCAGUUUCCCGACGGCGAGAAGGGAAGAAAGGAGGUGAUUUAUAAGUCUCUCCCGCCUCUGUGCUUCUAGGAACUCGGGCGACGGGUGGGGGUCGAAGUGAGGGGUCGCUGCCCCGGCCCUGGGUUCGAAACUUCGCUUCCUCCCUGGCUGCCGGACCCGAGUCAGCGCUCGUGCCCUCGGCGGGCCUCAGUUUCCCCAGCCUCCCCGCCGGGCACCGGGGCGCCAAGGGCCGGGGGUCCCAGGGGCGCAGCCCCCCGCGGCUGCGCGCUGGGCCGGACGGAUGACAUCACCGGGCCGGGGGCGGGGAGCGAGCGGGAGGGAGCGGGAGGGCCUCCUCCGCGCCAGGCUCAGCGCCCGGGCGGGCUCGGUCGGGCGGCCGCGGCCAUGACGCAGGGUCCGGGCGGGCGCGCGGCCCCCCCGCCCCCCGCACCCCCGGAGCCUGAGGCGCCCACCACCUUCUGCGCGCUGCUGCCGCGCAUGCCGCAGUGGAAGUUCGCGGCCCCAGCCGGCUUCCUGGGCCGCGGCCCGGCGGCGGCGCGGGCUGCGGGAGGCGCGGGGCCGGCGGGGGGAGCCGAGCCCGAGCCCGAGCCGGCCGCCUCGGCCGGCUCGGCCGGCGUCCCGGCGCUGGCGGCGGCGGUCCUGGGCGCCUGCGAGCCGCGCUGCACCGCGCCCUGCCCCCUGCCUGCGCUCAGCCGCUGCCGGGCUGCCGGGGCGCGGGGGUCGCGGGGCGCGCGGGGGGCAGCCGGGCCCCCGGACUCCGCCGCCGACGAGUGGAUCCGCAAAGGCAGCUUCAUCCACAAGCCGGCGCACGGCUGGCUACACCCGGACGCCAGGGUCCUGGGGCCCGGGGUCUCCUACAUCGUUCGGUACAUGGGCUGCAUCGAAGUCCUCCGUUCCAUGCGCUCCCUGGACUUCAGCACUCGCACCCAGCUCACCAGGGAAGCCAUCAACCGGCUCCAUGAGGCCGUGCCUGGCAUCCGGGGCUCCUGGAAGAAGAAGGCCCCCAACAAGGCACUGGCCUCCAUCCUGGGCAAGAGCAACCUGCGCUUCGCGGGCAUGAGCAUCGCCGUCAGCAUCUCCAUCGACGGCCUCAACCUCUCCGUUCCCGCCACGCACCAGAUCAUCGCCAGCCACCACAUGCAGUCCAUCUCCUUUGCGUCGGGUGGUGACACGGACAUGGUGGAUUAUGUGGCCUACGUGGCCAAGGACCCCAUCAACCAGAGAGCCUGCCACAUCCUGGAGUGCUGCGAGGGCCUCGCCCAGAGCGUCAUCAGCACCGUGGGCCAAGCCUUCGAGCUGCGCUUCAAACAGUACCUGCACAGCCCCCCCAGGGUUGUCGUCCCCCCGGGAAGGCUGACCGGGCCGGAGGAUUCGGCCUGGGGGGACGAGGACGAGACAGAACACAGCUACUACAACCGCACUCCCGGGAAGGAGCCGCCCCUGGGCGGGCUGGUGGACUCCAGGCUCACCCCCGCGCAGCAGCCCUGUGCCCUCGGGGCCCUUGGCCAGGGAGCAUCUCCUGCUCGAAGAGACGCCCGAGGCCCGCAGUGGGAUGUGGGCCCCUCAGCCCCGCCCGGGGAUGGCUACGUGCAGGCAGACCCGCGGGGCCCGCGAGACUACGAGGACCACUUGUACGUCAACACGCAAGGUCUGGACGGCCCGGAGACCCUGCAGCCUGAGGACAGCCCCAAGAAGGACCUGUUCGACAUGAGACCCUUCGAGGAUGCCCUGAGGCUGCACGAGUGCUCCGUGGCCGCGGGUCCGGCGGCAGCCCCUCUUCCCGUGGAGGACCAGUGGCCCAGCCCGCCGACCCGCCGGGCCCCCAUCGCCCCCACGGAAGAGCAGCUGCGGCAGGAGCCCUGGUACCACGGCCAGAUGAGCCGUCGGGCGGCGGAGAAACUGCUUCGAGUGGACGGGGACUUCCUUGUGCGGGACAGCGUCACCAACCCGGGGCAGUAUGUCCUCACCGGCAUGCACGCAGGGCAGCCCAAGCACCUGCUGCUCGUGGACCCCGAAGGCGUGGUGCGGACGAAGGACGUGCUCUUCGAGAGCAUCAGCCACCUGAUCGACUACCACCUGCAGAACGGGCAGCCCAUCGUGGCCGCCGAGAGCGAGCUGCACCUGCGUGGUGUCGUCAGGCGGGAACCCUGAGCCAGGUUGCGGCUGUCAGCCUGUGGCUCCUGUCCCCGCUCCCCCCGGAUGGCCCCGUAGUGGCCUUAGGGGCCCUCAGCCUUUCUCUGGACCCUGGUCGGGCCGGAAUCGCCGCUGACUCUCCUUCCUCCGCGUGGGUCUCUGGAAUCUUCCUUCUCCAGCUGGCCCUGGGCUGGGCUGGGUCAAGCCCGCCAGGAGACAGAGUCCACGACCCCUUUCUCCCACCGAGCCCUCUGCCUGCCGCCAGCCUUCACCUGGAGUGAGAGCACACAUACCAAAGACAGAGCCUUUUCUCGCCUUUAAAGAAAGUAUAUCAAAAAGCAGCCAUCUAUCUCGGAGCCCUGGCCCAGGCUCCCGAUGGGGCAAGGAGGCACCGUUUCCUUUCCCGGCUGGACGUCAGCUCACCUCCCUGGAACCAGCAGGUCCCCAGUUCCCUGGCAUGGAGAUGGAUUCCUGUCCUGGCCGGGCUCAGAUUUUCCACCUGAAAAAUUAGUGCACAGUUGUCUUUUGGGGGGAGAAUCGAGGUGCUUUGGGCCCUCAGGCCAGGGCAAAUGCUGAUGUGGAAGUGGGGGGCAGCCUUGGGAUGAUGGGGGUAUCCAGGCAACCCCAAGACAACUGACACGGGUGGGGGUGGUUGUGAGGCCCCCGCCCUCCCAGCUGUCAACCUGCACUGGACACUUGGACUCUGUUUGUAAUUAAACCUGGGAAUGACCAUG